UUUUUUUGCCAUUAUAAUUACAGUGGAGCAUCGUUUAUAUGACGUUUACAUUUAUACGACGUCUUAGUUUGGUCCCAAAUCAUUCCUAUUCAUUUGAAUGUAAAAAUAUAUCGUUUAUAUGACGGGCAGAAUCGGUUAUACGUCGGUUUCUAGAUUUCCCCCCACAUUUAUUUAAUUUUUUUGUGUGUGUAUUUUAAGAACGGGCGGAAUUUGCGAACAUGAAUGACACAGAAAAGGGCAUGUGUAAAUGCAGCAUGUGAUAACAAUGCGGAGUGGUGGGGUGGGGUGGAAGAACAAAGGUAUAACGGAUUGCACUGGGAGUGGACAUUCCUUUUCUAAGAAGGUGAUCAGAUUCCCCAACCUGCUUUAUUGUUACAGCUAGUAAAGGACAUUCUUUCCUUAUCAGUGCACUAGUGCUACAGAUUGUUCUUUUUUUUUCUCCAUUCUUCGCUGUUCGUGCUGUUUCGUCCACAUCUUUUUUCAGACAUGUCUCGAAAGCGUAAGUCUAUCUCGGUGAAAGAAAAUAUUGAAAUUUUGAAGGAAUUCGAUAAAGGUUUACCGGGAAGAUCAAAAGCUGACUUGGCUAAAAUGAUGGGCAUUCCAGUUUCUAUCUUAAAAACUAUUAUUCAUGAUCGUCUGAAAAUUGAGGAACAUGCUAAAGUCUGCAGAUCUUCUUCAUCAAAGAAAAUGCGAGUGCAGGAGGGUAAAUUUCCUGAAAAGGAGAAGAUUUUGCUCCAAUUUUUCAAUCAGUGUCGUGCGUCAAAUAUUCCAGUUAGUGGUCCAAUGUUGAUGGAAAAAGCUAAAGAAAUCGCCAUAAAAUUGAAUCUCACAGAUAGCGGCUUUACAGCAGGAUGGUUGCAGAAAUUCAAAGCUAUGGUUGGUCAAGUUGUAAAUGGUGAAUCAAGAAAGGUUCCUGCUGAUUCUGUCGCAGAAUGGCGCGAAAAUUUGCCAGGCAUAAAAAGUGAGUACCUACCUAAAGAUAUUUUUAAUGCCGACGAGACAGGUCUUUUUUAUCAUCUAAUGCCGAAUCAGACAUUAGUUUAUAAAGGCGAAAACUGUAAGGGAGGAAAAAAGAGCAAAAAUCGUCUUACUGUGCUGCUUUGUGCAAACUCUGAUGGAAGUGAAAAGAGUACUCCUUUGGUGAUAGGAAAAUCAAAAAAUCCCAGAUGUCUAAAGAAUAUCAGAACGCUUCCGCUGGAUUAUGAUGCAAAUAAGAAUGCUUGGAUGACGACCGUAAUCUUUACUAAAUGGCUGAAAAAGCUAGACAAUGCUAUGAGGAGGAAAAAACGAAAAAUUUUGUUAUUCAUCGACCAAUGUCCAGCUCACCCACCCGAUACAAAUUUUUUGGAAAAUUUAAAAGUUCACUUUUUUUCCUGCAAACUGCACAAGUGUGCUUAAGCCAUUAGAUUUGGGCGUGAUUAAGAAUCUAAAAUUGCAGUAUAGAAAGCAGUUAGUUCAAUUCGCUUUUCAAAGCAUUGCAGAGCCUAAUCCCUAGAAAAUAACUGUUCUGCAGGCAAUGAAUAUGAUUUUGUUGCCAUGGUCUCAGGUAACAACCACAACAAUAAAUAACUGUUUUAAAAAAGCUGGAUUUGUCCAUCGAACAACCAAUGAUAAUGGGGGAGAGGAUGUAAGCGAUGAUGAUACAAUAAUCUAUGAUGAUGAUUAGAACUUGCUCGCAACAGAGACAACUUUUGAUGAAUACAUGGAUUGCGAUGAAGAUGUAGUAACGUCAG